AAAUAACUAACAAGUGCAGUAUGCGGAUAGUAGCAGGGACACGUUCCACCACUUCACUCCUUAUUCCUUCUCCCUUCUUCUUCCUUCCUCCUUCUUCCUUCUGCUUCUCCUCUUACUGUUAUAUUAAUUUAAAAACCCUAACCAAAAACUCACGAGAGCUACUCUUCUCAUUUCCCAUUUCUUAUUUCACAUACAUAUAUACACAAAGAAAAUGCAAUUCUUGAGAGCUCACAGCCUUAAAACCAGCUCUGAAUACCAAAUCUUGAAGUUAGGCUCUGUCAGGUUCUUGGUCACCUCUUGCAGGGCGGUGGUUCUGCCCCGGUUCGGUGGGCCCGAGGUGCUGGAGCUCCGGUCAGAUGUAGAAGUCCCCCAGAUCAAACCCAAUGAAGUAUUGGUUCGAACUCGCGCUGUCUCUGUCAACCCCCUUGACACUAGAAUGCGAUCAGGUUAUGGCCGUUCAAUAUUUGAACCUCUUCUACCUCUCAUUUUGGGUCGUGAUAUAAGUGGCGAAGUUACAGCUAUUGGAACUUCAGUUCAGUCACUGAGUGUGGGGCAAGAAGUCUUCGGUGCAUUACAUCCUACUGCCGUGAGAGGUACUUAUACAGACUAUGCAAUUCUCUCAGAAGAUGAGCUUACUGCAAAACCAGCAUCAGUUUCACACGUGGAAGCAAGUGCUAUCCCUUUUGCUGCACUAACUGCAUGGCGGGCUCUAAAAAGCACUGCUAGGAUAAAUGAGGGGCAAAGAGUGUUGAUAGUGGGUGGUGGUGGAGCAGUAGGUUUUGCAGCAAUUCAGCUUGCAGUAGCUGCAGGAUGCCAUGUUACAGCUACUUGUGGAAGUCUGAGCAUAGAUCGGGUACUGAAAGCUGGUGCUGAGCGGGCUAUUGACUACAUUGCUGAGGACAUUGAACUUGCAAUAAAAGGGAAGUUUGAUGCUGUUUUGGACACUAUUGGUGUACCAGAAACAGAAAGAAUUGGCAUCAACUUCUUGAAGAGAGGUGGACAGUACAUGACUCUUCAGGGUGAGGCAGCAUCUGUGACUGAUAGGUACGGAAUAGCAGUUGGACUUCCUAUUGCUACAGCUAUUUUAUUGAAGAAACAGAUUCAAUACCGAUAUUCUCAUGGAAUAGAAUAUUGGUGGACUUACAUGAGAGCUGAUUCAGAUGGGUUGGAUGAAAUCCGCCGCUUAUCUGAGGCUGGAAAGUUGAAGGUACCUGUUGAAAAAACAUUCCCGUUCACACAAGUUAGGGAGGCUCAUGAGGCAAAAGAGAAAAGGCUAAUUCCUGGUAAAGUGGUGCUGGAACUUGAUUGAAAUAAUUUCAACAAGCUCGUACUGAUGCGAUCAAAUUACUACAUUGGUUGGUUAAUAGGGUUUUCUUUCUUUUCCUAUUCUCUGUAAAUGGUUUUUUCUUUUUCUUCCUACGCGUGUUUGACGAGCUGAACUUACAGUGUAGUCCAGCUCUAUAAAAAAUAAGUGCUGUAGUAUUUUUGCAUUUUGUACAGAAGGUGGAACUCUCGCUGGCAGGAAUUCCUCGAUAUCCGGCUUGCAAUCUGUAAAUGCUUGAGAAUUUUCUCUCUUUUAAGCUGUCUAGUUUUAUUUUGAUACUAA